UCAAGAAACUAAUUAUUCUUCACAAAAACCCUUUCAUUUAUACCUCUCCUUCUUCUACACCCUCCCAACUCCCACCCCAACAACACACUUCAUUUUCGUUUCUUCAUUUUUAACCAUAAAAAUGAAAACCAAAAUCUGGGUUCUGGAGAUCCUCCUCCUCUUUCUACAUUAUUUCUUUCUGGGGGGAGCAAUGGCAGCGGAGGCGGGGAUGCCGGUGAUGGCGGCGCCGGCGGAAGGGAACACGACGUUCAUAGAUGGGACUACGUGGUGUGUGGCGAAGGCUGGAGUUUCACAGAUUGAUUUGCAAAAUGCUUUGGAUUGGGCUUGUGGAAUGGGGAAAGCAGAUUGUAGAGCCAUCCAAAAGGGAGGGCGUUGUUAUGAACCGGAUACUCUCUUGUCUCAUGCUUCUUUUGCAUUUAAUAGCUAUUAUCAACAAAAUGGCAACUCUGAUAUUGCUUGCAAUUUUGGUGGUUGUGCUACUUUGACUAAGAAAGACCCAAGUUAUGGGAAAUGUGAUUAUUCUGCAUCCAGUUCAACGAACUCGGCACCUUCAAAAUCCAAGAACAGUCCAACCCAUAUCUGCCUGAAGUUGGUUUCUGUGGUUUCUGUGGUUCUAAAUUUAUAUUUUGGAAGCUCAUGAAUGAUUUGAUUUUGGGCGAUUAACAAAAGCCAAGUUGAAUCUGAAAGGAAGGAAAGGAGACAAAAAGAAAAAGGCAAAGAAUAUUGGAUUAUGAGUUAGUUAAUUAACAUUUUGUAAAUUGUUAUGAUUUUUGCUUAGCUUUUAUUCUUCUCUUUGUCGAUGGUUUAGGAAUCUAGUUUGAUCUCCCCAUGUCUCAUUUUUCAACAUUAUUCUCAAUUUAUUCUUACUUUCUUUUCUAUAA